GCUGUCAGUAGGAAAUGCUGGCUGCUGGUGUUGGAUGUACCCCUGUCGUUGUGCUUGGAUAAAUUAAUCAAAGAGAGUCCUUUUUGUUUCAGAAUGAAAACUAUUAUUCGGAAGGUUGCUUGAAUUUGCGAAUGGUCGCAGCGAGUCCGCAUGUGUAACCGAGGUAACCGAAACAUUCAGCUAGCUGGCUAGGCUAACAGAAACAGAACACUAUCGGCGCUAAUGCUAAUAGUUACAUUAAGCUAAAAUAAGCUAACUUGGCUAGCUGUUAACUUGGCUAGCGAGCUAGCUCGCCCAUUGCAGGACGUUUGCUCUUCCAGGUCCUCACCCCGUUUAGUGGUUCCUGCCCAGGUCUCGCUUUUCCGUGCAUUCAUUUCACGGAGGAGGUUGCGGAACCGGAGCUGUGGCGGGGGGGUCGUACGGUUAGGAACCCCCUGGCUAUCCAGGCGGACGGAUCACAGUGACAAGCCGGUCGGAGGAGAGAUCAGAGUGGAACCAUGGCUGAAAUCUCCACCCUGUCACCAUCACCCCCUGCAUUGGGUGAUCCUCAUGCAGCUCCAUCUAUCCCUCCGUCCUCAUCAGUGCACCCUGCUGCCAAUAGCCCUGUUACAGAAUCUGCCAGGGACAUGCCCACACCCAGGUCUUCCCUCUACAAUGACAAAGCUCUGACUGGAAAUACUCCUGCUGCACAGUCAGGGGGUUCACCCUUGACUCCCCAACCACCCUUGAGUCCUCCCAAACUCACUGCUGAGAUCCCCCUCACAUUAUUGGUACAUGAGUUUGCUCCACAAAGGGAGCAACCAGCAGGGGAAGAUGCAGAGACUGGAGCUCAUAACAAUAAGCAGGAGACAAGUGACUCAGCAGCUGCAGAGUUGAAUACUGAAACAGAAACCCCAACACUGUCAGACGAGCCACCACCUCAGAGCGAAGUGCAACAGGCAUCCCCCUCUCCAGAUCUCAAUCCUGGGCCUAAUCUCUAUCCAAAUGUGCAUGUCACCCACAAUCCAAAUCCUGUCAUGGGUGAUGGUCAAUUUAUGGCAGGCCAACCCCAAAUCGCUGCAGCUUCCAGUCCCAUGCCUGCUUCUCCAGUAGCUUCCAGUCCCAUGCCUGCUCCUCCAGCAGCUUCAAGUCCCAUGCCUGCUCCUCCAGCAGCUUCAAGUCCCAUGCCUGCUCCUCCAGCAACUUCCAGUCCUAAGCCUGCUCCUCCAGCAUCUACCAAUACUGCAGCAUCAGCAACAGCUGAAGGGGAGAAACCUCCGUCACCUCAACAAGCACAAAACCCUCAAAGUCAGCCUCCUCCUCUCUCCCCAAAGCCAGACAUUGCCAGUGAAGCAAGGAAAGCAGAACUGCCCAGCACCCCCACCAGAGCUGAACACCCAAGCCCUACUGUUCCACUGAUCCACGAGCCGGCCUCUGCCCUCCCAUUGCCCAACCCCAACCCCAGGCCGGCCCCUGACACCCUGAGCUACCUAGAAUCAGCCAGCCUGAUGUCUGGGACGUUGGAGUCUCUAACUGGGCUUGGAGAGGAUGGCAGCUCUAUUGGCUCAGACUCAGAGAUCAAUGGCAUGGCUAUCAGACGCACUGAUAAAUAUGGCUUCCUGGGUGGGACUCAGUACAGUGAAACUGGUGAAAAGGAUGUUCGGGUUGAAGUUGCCAGACAGAGGGAGGUAAAAUGGCUUGAUAUGUUCCACAACUGGGAUAAAUGGGUAAAACAUCGCUUCCAGAAGGUUAAGUUGCGCUGCAGGAAGGGGAUUCCAUCCUCUCUCAGAUCCAAAGCCUGGCAGCUGCUGUCCAACAGCCAGGAGCUCAUAGAAGCCAAUCAUGGAAAAUUUGAGGAGCUUGAGAGAGAGCCAGGGGAAGCUAAAUGGUUGGACAUUAUAGAGAAGGAUCUCCACAGACAGUUCCCCUUCCAUGAGAUGUUUGCUGCUCGUGGUGGCCACGGGCAACAGGAUCUGUACCGUAUCCUGAAGGCCUACACUAUCUACCGGCCUGACGAAGGCUACUGCCAGGCCCAGGCUCCAGUGGCUGCAGUGCUGCUCAUGCAUAUGCCUGCUGAGCAAGCUUUUUGGUGCCUCGUCCAGAUAUGUGAGAAGUACCUUCCCGGCUAUUACAGUGCUGGACUGGAAGCGAUCCAGCUGGAUGGCGAGAUCUUCUUCUCCCUUUUACAGCGUACUUGUCCAAUGGCGUACCGUCACCUUAAGAAGUUCAAGAUUGACCCGAUUCUCUACAUGACUGAGUGGUUCAUGUGCAUCUUCUCUCGCACCUUACCAUGGGCCAGUGUACUGCGUGUAUGGGACAUGUUCUUCUGUGAAGGGGUGAAGAUAGUGUUUCGUGUGGGCCUCGUGCUACUGAAACAAAUGCUUGGUUCUGUGGAUAAACUUCGGGAACUACAGGGCAUGUAUGAAACCAUGGAGCGACUAAGGAAUAUCUCACCUGACACUAUCAGAGAGGAUAUAUUGGUGCAGGAGAUUAUCACUCUCCCUGUGACGGAGGCGCUCAUAGAGAGGGAGUGCAAUAUCCAGGUGAGGAAGUGGAGGGAGUCCAGAGGGGAGCUGACACACCAGCCGGGCCGCCGCCUCCACGGUACGAGGGCCAUCUUUGAGUACAAACGCCGCGCUGCUGCCAUCAGCUCUGGCGGAAGCUUCUCUUUCCUGGGAAGCUCAAUCCCCCCGCCAGGACCCCUCAGGGCUUCUUCCAGCCUCCUCUCGCUCCCUGGCUUCCGCAGGUCCAAGGCUCCAUUUCAUUCCCAAAAGAAGGGCUCGUUCUCAGGGCCGUCAGGAAUGGAGGGCUUCACCCCUCAGUCCCGACCUGCAGUAACAUCAAAGCCAGAACAAGGCCCCAGCAUUAAACCACCUAUUCCUCCAGGUGCAGGUCAGAGGGCACCGGCACCGCACAUUCGGAGCCCCUUAGUCGGGGGUGCAUCACGUGAGCCUGCUCCAGCCUCAGAAGCCACCCCAGCACAGGACCAGCCUGCUGCUUCAGCCCCAACACAAAGCACACCACCCAACACUCUAGCCCCCUCGCCCAAGAUUGUCUCUGAGCAAAUUGUUUCUUCUAUCCCCUCUCCUACUGCAAACAACGCCCCUCUCCCGCCAGUUCAAGAUUCAAAAAAAGAUGCGGCGCCAGUGGCUGAUGCCCCAACUGGAGAGGAGGAGGUGAAGAAGAAGAAGAAGAGCAAAGAAGACAAGAAGAAGGAAAAGGAAGAUGACAAGAGAAAAAUGAAGGAAAAGAAAGACAAGGACAGGGCUGACAAAGAGAGGCUGAAGAAGGAGAAGGAGAGGCUAGAAAAGGAGAAGAAGAAAGGGGGGAAGAAAAAGGACAAAGGCGGAGGAGAAGCUGAGGACAAAAAUGGAGCUGCAGCAGCAAAAGAUUCGGCCUAGUUUUCCACCUCGUCAUUCUAGGAUAAUGAAAAGGGACGCUGCACAGAAAAAGAGGUCAGGGGAAGAAAAGACCCUCCCAGAAAGGGGAGAGUGAUUAAUAAAAAAAUGGGAUGGCUUCCUGUACAACACAUCAUUUCAAAGACUUAAUGUAGUCCCAGGACUAUGGUGGAGAAAACUGGAUCAUGGUUUUAAUAGCACCUCGGGGGGCUUUUCGCCCCUCGCUCAAUGCUUUCUUUUUCACUGAGUUUUAGAAAGAUGGGACAAAUUUCCUUUUUCAACUGGAGCAUGGACUGUGAGUUACAGAUUACAGUCAUUAUCUCUCUUAGGCUUUUUUUAUUAUUAUUUUUUUGUCAUUUUUAUUAUUUUAAUCAGAUUGAUAGCAGUGGUUAGAAAAACAUUGAUUCAAGGGAUUGUCAAACUGAAGGCUUGCAGAAAUAGUUACAGUGCCAUAGAGUAUGUAAAUAAAAAGUCUAUGUAGAGUACAUAGAAUCCUGUUAGCACUCCACUUGCCCCAUCAUUUCUCAUCUGUGGACAGGUUAUUUGGAUGCCUGUGACAAAAAGAAAAUCCUGCGAAGUCAUCUCAAACACGGGCACUGAAGGCAAAAAUGCUAGUAAUGUUGUUGAGGAUGUAUUUAUUGUCAUGUUAAAUGUUGUGAGUGAGUGUGUGCCUUAGUAGUGUAGUGAAAUGUGUUACUGUUCUAUGUGUGGCCUACCUGUUUUCAGUCUCCCUCUGGCUGCUUUUUUCUCUCAAGUCAAACUGUAGAAUCCUGAGUGAUUCUCCCCAAAUUCUUGUCAGUGGACUAAAUUUGAAGAGAGGGGAAUGGAGGGAUGUACACAGACAAAAAGAGGGAGAAAAUUAAGAAUGCAACAAGACACCAUGAAGUGGUGGAUGUUUAUUAAUGAUUCAUUUGUGUGUGUUUUUUUUGUCUCUGACAAAAAGACACAUGGGGAGCAUUUUAUUGUUUUUAUUUCAGUUAAGUCAAUUAUUAUUUCUAGGGCUGUACCGAAUAGUUCAAAGCUUUGAAGCUUCAUUCUUAACUUUUUGUUUUUGUUUUUCCGCACGUCUAUUCAUUCUGUUUAAACUUGGAAUUUCUGCACAGUUGCAGAUAAAGAUUAGGCUACACUUACAUUAUAGGUGGCUGUGUAGGAUUGUUUUCUGACUGAUGUGAUUCAAACAUUUACAAUAACUAAAUCCAAAAGUCAAAAUUUAUUGACUUAAGAUAGAUUUACUCAUUUUCAAAAUACAUUACAUUUUUUUAACUCACGGAAUAUACUACUUCAUUACAUAUAUGUUGGCAUUUAGCCUUUAAAAAAACAUUUUCACUACGCUCAGUUGUUGCUCUCCUGCCUAAAGGGAGGCACACACCUAUAUUAACAGGAAACGGACAAGGUAUAUUAAUUCAAGAAAGUUUAUUUAAUAAAGAGGAUUUUGUUUAAGAAUAUUUUAUUUUUUUAGGUGAUGGUAUCAAAAUAUGACGACAGACCUCAAUAGAAGAAUUGAAUGUUUAAAAAAAAAAAAAAAAAAAGGCACACAUUCGGUACAGCCCUAAAAAUGUUUUGUCUGAGGUCAAUUUCUGCAAAAAGCAGGCACAACAUUAUUGAUAAACUGGUUGCGUGAAAACAUGCAAUACACAGCAGUGACCGCAAACAUCCUGCAAACCAAUUGUCCAUCCAUAAAAUUAGUAUUAUGCAUUUGACGAACAAAUAUGUAUUUUAUUUAGCCAAAUUUCAGCAUGGGUAAGAACUUAACCCAUAAGAAUGUGAUUUCAAGAAUCUUAAGCAAAUGAAGGAUGAUUUUUGCACUUGUGAUUUUGUCACAAAGUACCACUGAAGUCGACCACUCCGUUAGUGUAGUAACGUAGAAAACGAGUCUCAACAGGACGGUUUUAUAGUUUAAAAUCUGCCUUGAGGACCUAUAGGAAGCCACUUGACUGGAGGUGCCAGGUGUGCCAAUGUAGCAUUAACCUCUGAUCUUUAAACCUUUGGGCUCUGAUGUAUUUAUGUACAAAGUGGUUAAUUUAAUCAAAUAUAGUAUAUUAUGAAUUAUUAUUAUUAUUAUUAUUUUGGAUCUGACUAUUUUUCUAUGUGAGUAAGAGACACCUGGUUGACUGGAACGAUGGCUGACUACACACUGUGUAGUUGCAGAGGGAUCAUUUAAGUGUUUUUAAUUCCUUUUCUUUGCACGCUAAGUCCUCUGCUUUUUACACAGCGAACUCGAUGCAUGUCGUUGCUUUUAUUUAAGUUUACCGUCACUGUUGGUUUGGUCAACUAUAGCUUCACGAGUCUCCAGUUUACUGAAGUGCAGUAUUAAAUAGACUUGAGUGGAAAAAUGGGCCUCCGACAGAACAAACAGAGUGAUUCAGACAGAAUUUUUGGGAGCUGAAGGUCUUAAUCGUACUGUAUAAUAUACUAAGGUGAUUUAUGAGCUUUGAAUACUUCUUUAAUUCGAGAUCUUAAGUAUGUCUGUCUCACCAAAUUGUGUUGUAACAUUCAUAAUGACUUUAUGGACUAACUCCCUAACCUAUUUACACUCAGUGUUCUGUACUGUAACAUAUUUAUGCAUACAUUAAACUGCACUGAACCCCAUCAGUAUAAGAUGAAUAGUGCCAGGUAGUUAGUGUUAAACCAUUUGAUGGCAAAAAACAUUGAUGCUCUUUAACUGUACUGUUUUUGUAGUUAAGGAUUAGAGGGACUUUCGUGUAAUUGUAGCCAACAUGUCCUGCAUAUUCAUUGUUUUUCACUUAUUUCAGGUCUUCACAUGGCUGUCAUUUACAUAUAUAAAUCGCACGCUCCCUCCCUCCUCGAUUUUGACGCUGGUGCAUUCAUAGGCACAGAUUAAUAUAGUUUAGUGAGGAUAACCUGAACACAUCUAUGCAAACCAUCCUCCAUCAUGACUGUUGAUGGUGAGUGGUGACAGCAGCACUGAUUUCACCUCUGAUCAUGAUGAUCAGGUUAGUGCCACGGGAAAAAUGAAUUUUGUGCUUCAGUGGGUCUUUUUCUGAGCACACUUUCAUGCACGUGGACUACAAUAUUUUAUGAGCAAUACGUCAUCGCAGCUCAUGUUUUGAUGAUAAUGUCAUCUCUCUUAUUUCAGAGGUUCCGAGAGGUUGUGACGAUCAAAUUAAUAAUCUCGCAAGCUUGUGGAAUCAGCAUUGAACGCUGCAAUAUUUAGGAAGAAUCAAGAAAUCCAAUUCUGUCAGGUCCUUUUGUGCAUUUCUGCAUUGAUCCUGAAAUCAGCGCUCUUGAUUACAGUGGAUUGGGAAUCACUACCCACUAAUGCAAACAUUUAAAGCAGUUUUUCUCCCCAUGCCGUUACGUCUUUUGUGUUUUUUAAGUUUACAUUGUCACUCUCUCUCUGGCAAAAGUGAAAUAAAAUCAUAGCUAAUUGAAAUCAUUCCUUCAGAUCUACAAAUGGUGUAUUUAAUUGAUGAUGAUAAUGACAUUUGUGAUGAGUAAUAAACCAUAAUAUAUUAAAUCA